AUGAAUAAAUAUGAGAUUUUAGGAGUUGUAGGUGAAGGAGCAUAUGGUAUAGUUUUAAAAUGUAAAAACCGAGAAACAGGAGAUAUACUCCAUAGAGAUAUAAAACCUGAAAAUUUAUUAGUAAAUAGCAAAGGAGAUUUAAAAUUAUGUGAUUUUGGUUUCGCAAGACCUUUACCAUGUAAAAAUCGCGAAAUUUUAACAGAAUAUGUGGCUACUAGAUGGUAUAGAUCACCUGAAUUAUUAUUAAAUGAUCCUUAGUAUUCUUUUCCUAUUGAUAUAUGGGCAGUAGGGUGUAUUAUGGGAGAAUUAAUUGAUGGGUAACCUUUAUUUCCUGGAGAUAGCGAAAUAGAUUAAUUGUAUCAAAUUUAGAAACUAUUAGGGCCUUUAACUCCAGACUAGAAUGAAAUGUUCGCGAAAAAUCCAAGGUAUGUGGGUAUGAAGUUUCCAGAAAUUAAUAAACCGGAAACUAUUGAAAGAAGAUAUUUAGGUAAACUUAGUCCAAGGGCUUUAAAUUUUUUAAAAUAAUUGUUAAAAAUGGAUCCUAAGGAAAGAUUUAGUUAUUAAUAAUCAUAAUAUUAAUAAUAAUUUUGA